UGGGCGGAGCGGCCAGGCCAGGCCCCUGGUUACCGCUGUUGGAGCUGGAUCUGUGUGUGAGGAGGCGGCGGCAUAGAGGCUCUUCUGCUGUGGUGCUGGUGGUAUUUUGAGGCCUGUGGGAUGAUUUGGAGGGUGCAUGUGACUAAUCCGUCUCAGAAUCCCUCACCAGCCCUGGCAACUCAAGAGCCUUAGUAGCCUUGGACGGUCACUGGUUCUGGAUGCUCUAAGGGGAACCAUGAGACUAGCAGGUCCGCUCCGUGUGGUUGUGAUCGUCUUGACAGCUGGGCUGACCUGGAUCCUUGUCAGCAUCUUGUUGGGCACCCAAAGUGGCUUCUCUCGACUGCAGCAACUCCUCAGCAGUCCUGAGAAUUCUCCCACUUCAGAGUUUUCAUUUCUUCGCCGAUUAUCACCUUUCGGUAACGUUCUUGAUCUGAUCAGAGUGGUCCCAGCACAGGAUAAUUCAGGCAACAACAGUAGGCGUCGCAAAUCCAGGCCCAAGAAGUAUAAGUGCGGCCUUCCUCGGGCCUGCCCAGAGAACUCCUUGGCCUUCCGGAUUACAAGUGGUGCAGCGAACGUCAUUGGGCCCAAGAUCUGCCUUGAGGAUAAAAUGCUAAUGAGCAGUGUAAAGAACAACGUUGGCCGGGGCCUAAAUGUUGCACUGGUGAAUGGGGUGAACGGAGACCUGAUUGAUGCCAAGUACUUUGACAUGUGGGCAGGAGAUGUGAAUGAACUGUUAAAAUUUAUCCGGCCAUUGCAUGAGGGGACGCUGGUGUUCGUAGCCUCUUACGAUGACCCUGCCACAAAAAUGAAUGAAGAGACCCGCAAAAUCUUCACGGAACUUGGCAGUACAAUUGCCCGUGACCUUGCCUUUCGAGACAGUUGGGUCUUUGUGGGAGCCAAAGGGGUGCAAGACAAGAGUCCCUUUGAGCAGCACGUCAAGAAUAGCAAGAGUUCUAACAAGUAUGAAGGCUGGCCUGAAGCACUUGAGAUGGAGGGCUGCAUCCCACAGCGAACUGCAGAUGUCUAGUGAGGAUUUCUUUCUUCAGACUCUCCAAGGUUUCCAAAGAAAGGUGAGAGAUGAAGAAGAUGGAAAACAUGCAGUUCAUCUGAAAAUCUUGAGACACAAUAUCUGUUAAUCCCAAAGGAAGAGUGACUUAAAUCACAUUGUUUGUUUGAAUGAGAGGAGUUUGCAUGCAGGAAAUCCCUAUCUAUCUUAAAAGGGGGAAAGAGAAUGCAAAAAUCUUCCAGCAACUUUCUGCCCAUUGUUCCCCCCCUCUCUGCCUGCUUGUUUUCAUCCUCUUCCUUCUUGACAUGUGGCUUCUUUAGGUCAAAGCUUGAGGACCACAAACUUAAGAUGGCAGACAGCAGAAUGGCAAGUCCUAUAGGAGCAGCUGUCUUCUGUAAUAGGAGCAUCAUCCAGUAGGGGGGCAGCACUUCCACCUGGACUCCUGGCAUGCCUGUGUUUUUUUGCACUUAACUACAUUGCAUUAUUUACAUUUCUUUUAAAAACAUGCUCAAACUAUCCAUUUUUAAUGCUAAAGAGAGAGCAGUUGGCCUCUGACCCAGAAUAUGCUCCUGAGAUGAAUUAAGACUAUAUGACACUGCUCAGCUGAUAUUUGCUCCCAUUGGUGCCAUUUGCUGCUAAUAGCAUCAGCAAGGUGAAGGGGGUAGAGGGCAGAAGCCUGAAAUUUGGAGCAGGAAAAAAUGCAUGGGUUGUUGCUGUAGAUGAGAAGCAUGUUUGGAACUGGGGUCCUGCUGCUUUUUAUUCAGUGUAAAAUUGGUCAAUUUGAGCAAGCUUAUUUUUUUAAGUGUGAAGAACAUGCUAUUUUUGCCUAGUGACAGAAGUGGGCAACUUUUAGCCCUCCAGACAAUGUUGACUGCAAAUCCCACGAACACUAGCCAAUAGUGAAGGAUGAUGGGAGUUGCAGCCCACCUUUGCCAUCAGACCCUUGACCCUCUUUGUGCCAGUGGUUAUGUAAUGUACAAUAGCAUCCAAAAUCACCAAAACAGUGAUACCUUUAUUGGCGCAACCAAAAGAUACAAAAUACAUGAUGCAAGCUUUCAGAGCUGCACUGGCUUCUUCAUCAGGCAAAGAUGUUAAAAACCUUACAGGAGAAAGAAAAAUAUGUUACAGGUCUACAUUUUGCCAAGAUGAUGUUCUCAGUUAAUAUGGUAUGGAAGGAUAUAUUUAAGAAUAGCUCAGUGUCUAUAAAAACAGGGCAGGCUUAGUUUAUCCCAUGAACAUGCACUUAUCUAUGCAGUCCAAUAGGAAGAGCAUUUAUAGCAGCCCGGGUUCAUUUAAUCAAUUUAGUUUGCUAAGCAAUAGGGAAACACAUCCUCUGGCUCUUUUCUGGACAAAAAAAUAAGGCUCCAAGAAACUUCAAAUGCUUAUCUGGAGUGGAGAUUUUACUGGCUUUGAGCUUCUUUCAAUAUAUCAAGAAUGAGAAACCUGUAGCCUUCCUAAGGCUGUUGGACUCUAACCCCCAUCAUCACUACCCCUCUAGUCAUGCUGGCUAAGGCUGAUGGGAAUGAGAAUCCAAAACCUAGAGGCCUAGAGUUUUUUGUGAGCUGGAACAAUGUAAAGCACUGGAAAGUUCAUGCCAAGUAAAAUUGGUAGUUUUCAGAAUAUCACAAGAUUCUUGACUGUUUUCCUGAGAUAGGUUAUGAUAGCUUUUACCCUUGAAAGGAUCUUACAAAACCUUGCUGAUUUACAAGGCUAUUACUGUAGGCGUUUGUUGAUUAAACCACUUCAUUGGCUAUAUAAAUGCUAAAGCUAAUUACAGGAAUAUGUACAUAUGGGACCAGGAAUAGUAAACAGCAAUGUCAGUAGAAACUUAAAUGCAAAAGGUACAGAGAUUGAUUGCAUUACAAACACUCAGCAUGUACAAAACAUUGCAAUUGUUGGGUGGUACCACUGAGAUAAUUAUAUUGUUCUGAUGAUUGGCUCAUGUAAUAUGAUUUUUUAAAACUAGAAACUUUGCUCCAGUUUAGUCCACAAAAGUGGGCAAAGCACAGCUCUCCAGAUGCUAUUGGUCUGUAACUCCCAUUAGUCCUAACCAGUGAUGGUGAACCUUUUAGAGACCAAGUGCCCAAGCUGCAACCCAAAACCCACUUAAUUGUUGCAAAGUGCUGCAUUCCUCUGGCUUUCUAGGUACUAACUCUGGGGAACUCUAUACUGGGGUGAUGGUGCGCAUGCCCACAGAGAGGGUUCUGAGUGCCCCCUCUGGCACCCGUGCCAUAGGUUCGCCACCAUCAGUAUAGCAUAUGGUGAAGAAUUUUGGGAGUUGCAAUCCUACAAUAUCUUGAAAGACGUGCAUUGCCCACCCCACGAUUUAAAAACAAACAUUUCUUUAUCUGAAAUGUAGAAAAAGAGACAAAGUAUUGUCUUUACAGUUAUAUUCUGUAGUGUGUCUGUGUGUUUAGUACGACAUAUCUUUCUUUUAAACCACUACUAUCUUGAGGUUCAUCGUUCAUGUAAUAUAUUUUUAUAACAUAAAAAGUAAUAAAGGACUUUAUAUUUUUCUUA